AUUUGUCACUCUAUAAACUACAGCCAUGGGAUCAAGGCUCUAUCCCGCAGCGAUCCUCAUCCUCCAUUGCCUGAUGUUGCUCCUCGUCAAGGUGGACAGCAGAGGUAACCAGAACCACACCCAGAUGGACAGACAGCGUCAUCUGCGAGCACACAAUCUGCACAGGCCUCCAUACGAGGGAUACGAUUGGCACAAACACUUUAACCGAGAUGCGGAACCAAAGGCGGCAGUUGCAAAGGAGAAGGAAGAGUCGACUUUCAAACGCAGAUCAGGCCAUUUCAAAAAGAUGGAGCAAAAAGCUAGGGAUAUUUCGAACUGGAGCAGAGCUCGGAGCGCGUACCAAAAGGAGACGGCAGAGCUGGAGAAAUGGGGUCAAGCUAAGAAUAUUACUGACGACGAACUGAAGGCAUUCUUUGACGGGGAAAUUUCUACCAAAGACAAGUACAGAUUAUUUGGGGACAUUCAAACCGUUGUCCAGAUCCUGAAAGAGGUGAAGAAAAAGGGAGCUGUAACCGAAAAAGAGAGAGCAAUGAUAACACCGGAUCUGAUACCAUUGAUCCUAAGAUUCGGCCGCAUGUUUGAAAGGGAAUUCGCCAAGAACACAAAUGCCUCCCAAGCCUUGCAGAUCCUUGUUAAUGAGGUUCAAAAAUCUAAGAGCCGGAAGAUGAGACACAAGAGUUCCAGAAGGUAUUAUCGCUAAGUGGUAAUUAAAUUGGCUAUGCCUGUGGCAAUUUCGUUUGUAAUUUACACACUAAAAGGUCUGUUAAUAAAUCGAAUAACAAUCA